AUGCUGUCCCAGGAGUUCAUCUCGGCCAUCUGCGGCCCUCCUCUCGCCGCAAACACCGCAGUCUCCAAAGAUGUCGGCAUCUACUCUCACUCCCUCACCCCGUCUCACACCAUCAAGGCGUCUUUCAAGAAGAGCUCCACUCCUGUCAACGGCUUAGCCGUCAGCCAGACUCACAUCUUUGCCGCACAGGACCAAAAGGCACACGUUCAUGUCUACUCCCGCGUGCGUGGCAACCAAGAGGCCCUCGUGCCCUUCCCGGACAGGAUCCGCAGCCUGGCCCUCGCUGGCCAAGUGUUGGUCCUGGGCUCCGCAGAAGGAAGGUUGUUUUUGUGGGAGACGUGCACGGGCCGACAAGUGUCGACGCCGCCUUGCCAUGUUCAGGCUGUUUCCUGCUUGGCUGUGACGCCCUAUCACAUCUUGUCCGGAUCCGAAGACUCCAACAUCAACGUUUGGUCAUUGUCACGCCUGCUUGAGCUCAAUGUUCAAGGGGAGCACGAACCCGAUCUGACACUGUCCAACCACCGUGGUGCCAUCACCAGCUUGACCGUCGGACCCAGCACCAACCCGGAAACCAGCAUAUGCAAGCCGGUGCUUGGCUCCCGCAGCACAGAGCUGCCCUCCAUUGUCGUGCAGGUCAGCGCCCCGCUGGCUGUCUCAGAUCCAGAAGCCGGCCAGCCAUCGUGCCUGGCUGUAACAUACGACGGCACUUCGAUUCUGUCUGGGCACACCAGCGGCAAGAUCUUGCGGUGGAGUCUGGCUGAAAACUCCCACCCGACCGAGGUCGCGAGCCUCAAUGCCUCAGUGACCAACCUUUGUUUCGUCCCUCCCUUGUCGACGGAGCAACCCACCAAGGCCUUGGCCAUUGUCAAGCCAAACCAGAACCUUAAGCAAUAUGCCUUUACAGGGCAAUUGACUACCGAUCUCGGAGAUGGGACACGACUCAGUCGGAUGCUAGCCACCAACGGAUUCUCGUCUGAAUCCCUGGAGACAGCAAUCUCAUCCGUGUCUACGUCAUCCAACGGGAAGCAAGACGACGAGCUUGCCAAGCAAGAGGAGCAGUUCCGGGCCAUCAUGAACACUUGCAAGAUCCUCAAUGGCCCGAUCAGUUAG